AUGAAAUCAAUUAGCAAGUUAUUAUCCUCUUUAGUUUCAAAGUAAAAUUCACCAUUUGUAUAAAAAUUGAAUAAUUGUUCAAUAAUGUAGAAUAAUCCUAUCAUUUUAAUGACAGACAUACUCUAUUUGAUUGAGUGUUUUGAAGGAUUUGGUCCAGAAUGCAAAGGAAUCUAUUUAACAGGAUAAGAAUAUUUGCAAUAGUUUUUUAAAGCAAUCACUAAUAAAUAAUUAAAUGGUUUCAUAGCUAUUAAAAUUAAUUUAACUAUACAUUUAAUACUAUAUGAAUUCUAAAUAGGAGAUUUUGUUGCUGAAGAAAUGAUAAAAGAAGGAUCAACGCUUCAGGUUUAAUAAAAUCAAUAAUUUAGUAUUUUUAUUUAAAAUUAUUUAAUGUAUUUAUUUAAACUAGCUCAAAAUUUAAAAUUGUUUUAUGCAUGUAAAAUAGGAUAAUAUCCAAUAUUUGACUAAGAUUAAACUUUCAUUUAAUGUUCUGAAAAUACUAGAGAUCAAUAAUAUUAAUAGUUUUAAAUUUUAAAAAAAAACAAUAAUUUUAGAGAUACGAAUUUGCAAUAUAGAAAUUAUCAACAAAAAAAACUAGAGCUUCAUUUAUAAUAAUAAACUGGAUUUAUAACAAUAGAAUAAAAAAUAGUAUAUUUAUUUAAAUUACAUAAUUUACUAAAUUAAUGUAUAUAAAUAUUAAAUCUAUGCAUAAAUAUGCUAAAAUAAUUAGACAAUUAAUAAUCAAAAAAUAUUUUUAUCGAAAUAAGUUGUGUUCUUUGGAAUGAUUGUAUGAUAAUGUACAAAUUUUCAACAUAAGAAGUAUUAUAUUUAUAUUAAUAUUAAUAGCUUUGUAAAUUACUAGAUUCUUUUCGAUUUAUGACUUUACCGAAUUUGCUAUCAAUAUAAUAAAUAUAUUAAGUAACCAUAAAUUCUUCGACAUAAAUAAAAUAGAUAUACAAUAAUAGAAGAUAUUUUGAUUCUCAAAAUAUUGUUAAAUAACCAUUUUGGUUUGAAGAGAAUAAAAAGAUAACUUAAGAAAUUUAAAAUAGUAUAAUUGACAAUAAAAUGUAAUAAAUACCAGAUUCAACAAGAAAUGCAAUUACAGUAUCUACACCUUAAGCAUUUUAAAAUUAAAAAUCUCCAACUAAUAUUGCUCAACCAUUUACUUCAAGAUUAGGAAAUUCCUAAAAUUCAACAAAAACUACAAUACCCCCACAACCUUAUUUCAUAGCUAAUAAAAAAUUAUAAUAAUAACCGAAUUCAUUUGAAACAUAAUAACCUUUGAGUACAAGGGCAAACAAUUUUGUAGGGAAUAUAUUUUCAGAUGAAUAAUUAAUAAUUUCUCCAAGACAAUCUUCAAAAUAAUAAAAAUAAUGA